AUGAAACAAAUCAUUAUUUUAGCUAUUAUUGUAUUACUUGGUAUGGUUGCUUGUAUUCAAGCAGAGGAUGCUUACUUUGCCUUUAGAACACAUAGAUCAACUCUUGACUUUGUUUUCAAGUUGACCGAUGUUAAAAAGAUUGAACAUGCCAGAAAGCUUUUAAGCGAUAAUGACCUUCAAGAAGUCCAUGUCAUGGGAAGAAUCAGAAAGACUCAAAAAGACUAUAAUCCCCAUUACUCUUACCAUCUCGAACCAGAUACCAUUACCUUUUUCAGCAUGGCCAUUGAAGUUGUUUCUUCUGUCCAUGGUCAUCUAAAUUGA